AUGGUGAUAUUGAAAAACAGCUGGAUAAUUUUUCGAAGAGAUUAUGAAGCGCAUUUACGUCUACAUAAUCAACACAUCAAACAAAAAGUCAAAGAAACAGCCAAGAAAUGUAGUUUAAAGUGGCGAGAGCUAUCAAGCGAAACUAAGCAUUUCUUCAAAAUAUUAGAAAAAAUAGCUUGUGAGAAUCACAAAAGCUUAUAUCCUAAUUAUAGGUAUAGGCCAAAAAAUACAAAAGAUUCAAGCGCUAAGAAAUGGGUUUUCCGUGAACAAAAGAAAUACGCACUUACAUCGUCAUAUAAACCUAGCUCAACGAGUAACAAUUCACUUCCUCAAGAAGCAGCACAAAUCGUAAGGUCGUCCUCUUUGAAUAAUACAACGUCAACAAUUGAAUAUAGUCAUACUGCUAUCACCGCUUCAACGACCAUUGAUAAUACUCAUCUUUCCACGAUCAAUACUGAUAAUGCGGACGUCGAGAAUUCGAUCAACGACAUGUUUAAUGAAAUAAUUUCAUUGGAUCAAUUUCCUCUGUCCGGAAAU